GCCGCUACUGUCGAGACCCUGAGAACUGGAUCCGUGUCCUUCAGGGAGGACCUUCUCCAGCAAUGGCUUCCUUCUUGUUCUUGUUAUUUUUGUUACUGACUCCAGCCACCGUGGCCAACCUCAAAACUGGUGGUCCAUGUCCAGCGUGUUGGGGGGCCGCCUUCGAUCUGGAGAGCCAGCGGGAGCUGCUCCUCGAUUUGGCCAAGAAAAGUAUCCUGAACAAGCUACACCUCCGCCAGCGCCCCACACUGAGUCGGCCUGUGUCCAGAGCUGCUCUGAAGACCGCACUGUGGCGCCUCCGUGCGCCUCGACAGGAAACCCCGCUGGAGCAUGACCAGACACAAGAGUAUGAGAUCAUCAGCUUUGCUGAGACAGGCCUCUCCAGCAUCAACCAGACUCGUCUCGAUUUCCACUUCUCUGCUAGAACAGCUGGCGGCAUGGAGGUCCGGCAGGCCCGGCUCAUGUUCUUCAUGCAGCUCCCUUCCAAUACCACCGAGACCGUGAACAUACGAGUCCUUGUGCUAAGACCGUAUGCUACCAACCUCACCUUGACAAGUCAGUACCCACUGCAGGUGGAUGCUAGUGGCUGGCACCAGCUUCUCCUGGGACCGGAAGCUCAGCUUGCUUGUAGUCAGGGGCACCUUACCCUGGAACUGGUAACCAAAAGCCAGGUGGCCCACAGUUCAGUAAUCCUGGAUGGGUUUUCUCACAGACCUUUUGUGGCAGCCCGGGUAAGAGCUGGGGGCAAACAUCGAGUUCGCCGACGAGGCGUCAACUGCCAGGGGGGGUCCAAGAUGUGCUGUCGGCAAGAGUUCUUUGUGGACUUUCGUGAGAUCGGCUGGCAUGACUGGAUCAUCCAGCCUGAAGGCUAUGCCAUGAACUUCUGCACUGGGCAGUGCCCACUACAUGUGGCAGGCAUGCCUGGCAUCUCCGCAUCCUUUCACACGGCCGUUCUCAAUCUACUCAAAGUCAACACAGCUGCCGGCAGCACUGGAGGAGGCUCGUGCUGUGUGCCCACAGUUCGGCGCCCUCUGUCCUUGCUCUACUAUGACAGGGACAGCAACAUUGUCAAGACAGACAUACCUGACAUGGUGGUAGAGGCCUGUGGGUGCAGUUAGCUUAUGCGUGAUACAGCCCAAGGUAGAGUAGGCAAACAUGUCCUUACAAAGAUGGCCUUCCUCAGAAGGAGGGAGUAACUACGUUCCUGCCUCCGUCCACAAUGUAACCACCUUCUUUCUAAGUAUGCAGACUACCCUCCGUUGACUCCAAUAGAUCUACAUCUAAAGGGUCACCACCCAUGACCACCAGCCUCUCUUGUCUCUCCUGGGAUAUGGUUGACCCUGAACACACCCCCAUCCUAAACCCUACUCCAGGGGCUAAUCCACUGCCAACCACAACCAACAUGGUUUCGUUCCCAGCAAAGACACCCCUCGUUCACCCUUAGUCAAUGAUGCAAACUACUCUACCUCCUGUCCCGCCAACUGAUGGUCCACUCCAUGAUGACCCACCGAGCAAUCUUCCCUCGAACUCUACAGUGCUCCAAAGAACCCUUCCCCUGGGUUCCCAGCUUGCUGUUUUCCAAAGCGAGACCCUUGCCCAAGUGUGCUACUAAUACUGUUUGCAAAGCCUCAAGUGUUCUGUCUUCUUCUGCCUGUGGGGGCUGGCGCACCUGAGCCACCGAAGCCACCAAGCUCUCCUACCCUCUGACUUCCAGCUGAAUUUGACCAAAGGGAGAUUCAGGUUGGAAACUAAAGACUAGGGAGUUACAGAGGUCACAGAAAACUCCAUCGGGCCUAAGGUCUCGCACCUCUCAUCCAAGCCCUUAAGAGAGUGCUACCUAAAGGUUGAGGCCAGCUAGUUCUCGGCUAGCCUGGGCUACACUGUUCAGACCUUGUCACAAAGUAAAAGAAGGGAAAAAAAGAAAAGAAUAUUUUCUAUUUCCCCCACACUUGUUUAUAAGCCAUAGCUCUAUGUAGCCAUGGUGUGCUAUGUCCGCAUGGCCCCAGGUUUGCAUGUAGCCGUGACUGUGCUGUGUCCACAUGGCCCCAGGUUUUCAUGUAGCCGUGGCUGUGCCAUGUCCACGUGGCCCCAGGUUUUGCAUGUAGCCGUGGCUGUGCUAUGUCCACGUGGCUCCAUGUUUUGUGCUUCUGAUAACAUUAUUUCAACACUAAAAAAUCCGGAUGGCUUGCCCUUUUUCUAGUCCCUGGUGUCUGAACAACUGAACAAUCUUUUUUUUUUCCAAUUUACUAUGUAGAACAGGCUUGCCUAGAGCACACACCUGCCUUCACCACCAUGCCCAGCUUUGAGCAUUGUUUUUUGUUGUUGGGUCCCUUAACUCUACCUAUGGCCCUGUAACUCCUUUCACUGAGUCCUCUUGAGAUAGCUCAAAAUAUCCUCUGUCUCCUGCCGGGACCUUCCUCUCUCUCCACCUGGUCACCUCCGGCUUAGCUGUUCCGUCCAUCUCGUGUUCCUCCAGGUUCCUCUUCUUCUUUAAUCUUCCUCCAUCCUCCUUCCAGAACUUUCAGGGGCUUCAUGGCUAAUAAUAAACUACUAUUGCCUGAA